UUGGCUGGUUUAGAAGAAAACGGAUGCAAACGCGAACAAUUGCUUUCCCUCUCCAACUGUUCAGCAGUAAUUUGUGCGAACAGCGAGAUUUCACCAAACUAUGAACGGACUAAAAACAAGCGAAGUUCAAAUUUCAUCAUCAUGCCGUCACGGAUGAUCUAACGUCGUAAAACGCCGCACUAUCCGGUGCUAGUGGUAAAAACGCUCGGCCACGAACUCGCGUUAGGCCGCGCUAAAAUUCGAUUACACCAUCUCCCGAUAAUAGCCCGUGUUUUUAUUGCUGUUUGAUAUGACAGGACUUGUGAAUCGACACACUAGUUACCCGCUACAACUGAAAGCAUCGAGUAUAUUUGCCGAAGUGAAUGGAUUUGCUGCUAGGGUACUAGCUACCUUGACAUACUACAACCAGUGCGAGUACGAUGUGGAAGGUCUGUUUGUUUUCCCGCAAGACGAGCGUACAACAGUGGUCGAGCUCGAGGCAACGGUUGAGGAGCGACAUGUUUACACCGACAUCAGGGCCCAAACUGGGCAGAAAUCUACAGAGAAGAGUGUUUAUUCCGUCGAGGAAAGAGAGGACGACUUAUUUAGUCUAAGUAUUGGGAGAAUUCCUGCACAUUGUUCAGUGUUUGCACAAGUGACUUUGUUGACUGAGUUGAUCUCCGAUCGCAAAACGCGCGGGUCUUUAUUUAUUCUUCCUUCGGUGUUCACACCGAGAUUGUCUACCGAUGAAGACGAGCAAUUGGAUUCCCAUGACCUUUAUGGAUCUCAAAUGUUAAUCUCUGAUAUCCCCAGGAAAACAUUAGAGCCGUAUAGUUUCGAGUUACAGCUCGAAGUAGCUGCACCUUGUUUACUCGCGGGUUGUUCGUCGCCUACCCAUGCAAUACAAGUGGAUGCAGACUCGAAAGCGACGAACGCUUCGAGGAUUCACAUCACAAUCGCUGAGCCACAUACGUACGACUGCGAGCUAGUGGUUUUAUUACACCUUUCACAUCCUAACGACCCUUAUGUGUUGAUAGAGGAAGGCAAAAAAGAAAGAGUAGAUAGCGAUGAACAAGAUGUCGAAAAAUCCCCCGUACCAACAAACUUAGUUGAAGAAUUCACUAAAAAACCCUCCAUAAUGAUAAACUAUACUCCGUCUCUAACUUCCUCAAGCCAAAUUGCGGAGUUUAUUUUUCUAGUUGAUCGCAGUGGUAGUAUGAGCGGAAAACACAUAUUCCAAGUCAAAGAAAUGCUAAUUCUAUUCCUAAAGAGUCUCCCGGCAAAUUGUUAUUUCAAUUUGAUCGGUUUUGGUUCAUACUAUCGAAGUGUUUAUCAAGAAACUCAAAUCUAUGACGAAGAGACGGCUGAACACGCCUGUAACUAUGUACAAAAAAUGCGCGCAGAUCUGGGAGGUACUAAUCUCAUACUACCUUUGGAAUUUAUAUUCAAUCAGCCCCCGAAAAAGGGAAUUCCUCGCUUCGUAUUCAUGCUUACUGAUGGAGGUGUGUCGAACACGACCGAGGUUAUUGAUUUUGUACGAAGAAAUGCUUACUCCACAAGGUUCUACACGUUUGGCAUCGGACCGGAGGCGUGUCCACAUCUGGUACAGGGUGUAGCAGGGGCGGGGAGGGGCAAGGCGUGGUUUGUCUGCGACGAGGACAGGGUGUCACCAAAGGUUAUGCUGGCUUUGAGGGACGCUAUGGCGCCAGCAAUGACAGAUAUCGAAGUCAACUGGCACCUCCCUGAAGGCUAUGACCUCAUCCAGACCCCAAGCAGACUACCAUUUGUACUAGAUGGAGAAAGACUGGUGAUCUACGGGAUCCUGUCCCGUCCCCCCUGGGACGAGAGAGAGCCCCCCCGGACCCCGGCAAGGCGACGCAUGGACUGCAGCAUGCGGUCAUUCUCGAAUAACUCCGUCAAGGUGUUCUGGUUCGACGACGAUUUGGAGUACUUACCGGAUGACGAACUCCUCUUGGAGAUGGAGGAACAUGACCACUUGCACGACGAGGAGAGAACGCGCGCAGACAGUGACGUCAUUGGGUUUGUAGUGACGUCAAAUGGGAACUUCGGUGAGACGACAAUAAGGGACGUGCGAGGCUGCGCCGUGGAGUCGUGCAGAGAAAUCGAAACAGUUAGCGAGGUCGCCUCUGGAGACUUUAACAAUCUCGGUUAUGAUAACAGCGAUGAUGUUUUCCCGUCAACUGAAGACAGCAGCGAGGACCAGUCGCGGGUGAGUAGUGAUGGGGGUUCUAUUGGACGCAAAGGCAGCCCUGAGCCUGCAAAUGGUGAACCCGACACACACAACGUGACCGUGAUUAAAGCCACCAGGCGUAAGCCCUACCAGCAACGAGGAAGACUCCCUUGCCAGAAACGACAGGUCGAGGGCAGCCCGGAGAAAAGCCCUGCAGGCGCCGACGAGGAAACUGCUGACCAAGAGCAGGCGCACCAGCGUGACAGCGGCGUCGGCUUUUCGAUGGACGAAGGGGAGAAGAGUGCCAGUGGUGACGUCACACCCACAGAUGACCCCCUGAGGGUUGGGACGCGGAUAGGCGUGCAGGGCGAGAGGCCCCCUCUUGAGGGCCAGGGGCAGGCUUCGCUAGAGGACGAGGAGGAGGUUUUGGAGGACCUGGAGGAAAGCAAGGUGUCUGUGUUCAAGGGAAGUCCACUCCUGGCUCACCUUGGAAUGCCUAAGACUUUUGGUGCUGUGGUCAUUAGAGGGUUCGUUGGCGACGAGCAAAUAAAUCGGACGAUUCCAUUCCCAGUCAAUCACAGCGGGGGAUCUCCCAAGUGUCCUACGAUUCACCAACUAAUGGCGCGCUCGUUCAUCCGGGAACAACAAAUCUCAAGCGACGAAAAGCGCCUGCGCGAGGUGACGCGCAUCAGCAAGCAAGCCAAAAUGUACUGCAGGCUCACGUCCUUAGUCUCCAUCGACCAGUACUGUUACGACGAGGAGAUUCUCUGCGCGCUGCAAUUCUACAAGAAGGGUGGUACUCCUGUGCCCGGACGGCGAGGCAUGUCGCUACUCCGUAACGAAGGUUACGCUACGGGCCUCGGGAGGCGUCUAUCGAUGCCCGAGGGGAGCGAUCAGGACGAACAGUGGCUGACGUUCUCGCCUGGUGUCGACGAGGAACCGUUCGAUUUCUAUCGACUCGACCGAACGACGACUGGCGACAGUAGUGACGACUCACCCCAGAAGACCCCCGUGAGCAACCCACCACACCACUAUCAGCCAGCUGGUCGCAGUAUCCCACCCUUGUCAAGCCGAUAUGUGGUCGGAGAGAAGCAAUCGGCCGCUGGCACGAGUACAAAGACUCUGGGCGGACGGAUUUCCCCGAUUCAUAUGAAAUGUCUGAAGGAGUACAAGCCCUUCGUCAUGCUAGCCAACCUGCAGUCGUCGAGUGGGAACUGGGAACUAGACGAAUCGUUCGCUGACUGCCUCGGUCUGACGGUGGACGCCAUUAAAAGGGCAUCGCCGCUGGCCGAUGCAGACGUGGACGUGGGUGAGGAACUCCAGGGGCUCUUGGACAAGUGUGAUUGCAGCCUUCAGUUGUGGGCGACCGCCAUGGCCCUCGCCUGGUUAUGCCGCAGCGCCGCGCAGUUCCAGGAAGAAUGGUGCCUUCUGGCCAGGAAGGCUGAUGACUGGAUGAAUGGACGCAUGUGCCCACGAGCCUUUACGCCAGCCGACCUCAAGCGACUCGCAUUCCAGGCCUUACUCCUCUUAACGCGGAAGAGCGAGACUGGGUCAAGCAAGCCUUGGGACAAAGUAGGUGACUCUGAAGAGUUUGAGAAACAGUUGCAAUCGUGCCUAGGACGAGCACGAGCAUUAUGAUCUGUUUCAAAAUGUGAGCGAGAGGUUUGCUAAGCUAGCGUAUACAAAAGAAACAAUAAGCGUAUCACAAAUUGAUGGAAUUUUAUUGCUUGUCGUCCAUCCUGACCGUAUUUGCAUGUAGAGUACAAUCAAAUUUGAUAGCACUGUUUCCUUUUUUGCCUGAGAAUGUGAGAUAAAUAGUAUAACUAUAAGAUUUGCUUAACUAGCAAUUACAAAAUUGAGGGAAAUCAAUUGCUCAACGUUCAAAGAUGUUACACGGCAUCUUUAAGUAGGCUAGAAGGUAUAGAAGAUGACCUUAUAUUUGCAUGAAAAUCUAAACCAUGUGCAUGAAAGUCUCACCCAUAAUGAAUGUACUUAGAGACUGAAGUAACGUGUUGUCUGUAUUGUUAACUUUCAGGUCGAAACGACCGUCCAGACUAAGAGAUUUAGCUGGUGCACUCUACUGUAGUGCCAUAACAAACCUUAUUUCAUUUGACACGAUGAUCCAUCACACUUUAUUCAAUGUACCAAUAUUUCAUUUGACAAGAUAAUAUUUUUCACACUCUUGGACCAAUAUUUCAUUUGACACGAAAAUUUAUCAAAACUCACACGAUACCACGGCAAUUUCUAUAGUCAUAACAAAUUAAAUUAUAAAUGUUGAAUGAUCCGGGAUUGACGAUAUACACGGUGCGCAAUUCAUCACUGGCAAAUGCAACAAAUUAUUACCCAGAAGUCUUGCUGGGCUGUUAUUGGCACCACCAUCCUGCCCGGAUAAGGCCCCAGGUCCCCAGAUGAACUGGGCCAAUAAGAAUAUAUGGAUGGAUGCAUUUUCCCGUGAUGCAAUGUUUAACCAAUCAUUCUCUCAAAGAGUAUAAAUGAUCACAGGAAAUGGUUUCACUGCCAUUGCUUUUGAUUGCUUUAUUUUAUGACUGAUAUGUUGUGUGGUGAUAACAUUUUUAGGGUAUUUUUGCAGGAUAAAAAAAAACAAAGACGCUGGGCGUUCUGUUUUAUUUUAUUCAUAGCUAUUGUAUAUAACUGCCUCUAUGCAUGCUGACUGUAGAUAUAACGCAUAACAAACGCACGACGCAUAAUCGUCCUACUGUAAAGCAUGUCUUUUAUUGCCUUAUAAUUUAAAUAUAAAUGGUGGAAUGACUGGGGAUAUGUAAAACAGAGCUGUGGCGGUAUGUUUUGGUUUAUUUUAUGUUUAUUUUGCUCACCAUUUUGUUCACAGACUGUUGCUCUGCUACCAUGGAAAAGGCCAAGACUAUUUAAUUUUUUCCUCUGACAAACUCACCAUGCGAGACGCACAACAAAUGUAGAUAGCCAACCACCGCGCAAGCCUAAAGCACCAAAAAUAACACCAGGCUCGCACUAGAGCCAUUCAUCACAUUGUAUAAAGCAUGGCCUUUUUUAUUGAAUAAAGCCUGAAUCGAACAGUAUUUAUGAUUCAAGCAUGAUUCAAGCCAUGUGGGUUUCAAAGAUAAUAAGAAAGUCUUUUUGGGGACGGACCAAUUGACACUAAAGACAGCGGCGUAGCCAGGAUUUUCAACAGGAGGUGGCCCAAAAGGCCCGGUGAAGGCAUUUUCUCCUGUAUUUCAAAUAAUGCCUCAUACAUUUACUGUAAUUUUGGCUGCUAGAAGUGGGGGCCCGGGCCCCCUGGGCCACCCCCCUGGCUACUCCCCUGGAAGAACCCAUAUAAGACCCUAUAGAAGACCCCAUAUAAGACCCUAUAGAAGACCCCAUAUAAGACCCUAUAGAAGACCCCAUAUAAGACCCUAUAGAAGACCCCAUAUAAGACCCUAUAGAAGACCCCAUAUAAGACCCUAUAGAAGACCCCAUAUAAGACCCUAUAGAAGACCCCAUAUAAGACCCUAUAGAAGACCCCAUAUAAGACCCUAUAGAAGACCCCAUAUAAGACCCUAUAGAAGACCCCAUAUAAGACCCUAUAGAAGACCCCAUAUAAGACCCUAUAGAAGACCCCAUAGAAGACCCUAUAGAAGACCCCAUAUAAGACCCUAUAGAAGACCCCAUAGAAGACCCUAUAGAAGACCCCAUAUAAGACCCUAUAGAAGACUCGAUAUAAGACCCUAUAGAAGACCCCAUUUAAGACCCCAUAUAAGACCCUAUACCCAUUGCCGGACCAAUCCCCAAUUGCUCGGGGGAUUGGGUCGAGUUGAUAAGCGACGCAAUUCAAAAAAGGCGUCGAGCGAUGCCAAUGUUGAUGUGUUAAUCUAAUUUAACGAUCAAAGAUAUUCCUGGUGCAGAAUUGCUAAAACCUCCUAAAUAUUGUCCUGCAUAUUCAAUGUUUGCGACGCCAUGUUUAAUUACGUCCCCAAAAAUAUAAGGUCUUCUUAUAGGAUCUUAUAUGGUGUGUGUUAUAUAGGUUCUUCUAUAGGUUCUAUGUAUUAUUACAUUAUCAUACACCCAUCAAUAGCCAAUAUCGAGUUACAAAACGCCCAUUUCCAGGGAGAAAGAUUAGAAUUCAAGCGAGUAAAUUUCAAAUCAAAUACCUAUUGUUAAGUUGUUAGACUUCAACUGAUGGUUAUUUAAAAGUUUCCUUGUAAAUAGACUGUUGUAUUUUAGAAUGUAAGCAGUGACAAAAGAUUUGACAUUCUAUUAGGGAUGGCACAAAGAUAUAAUUGUCAUGAAUAGAUGACUUAGCGCGGUGAUAGCAUGUAAUAUAGGGUUCGAAGGUAUUAAAUAGAUGGGCCAAGCUUAUUUAUUUAGGUCUUUAUUUUUAUUGUUCUGAGAUGUUUAUGUUGUAUGAAAUAAAAGGAACAUAAUAAAA